AUGAAUCAAUAUAAUAUUCCAAAUUUAUAACCAGAGUAGAUAUUUUUAAAUGGAGAAACACAGUAAGAUAAUCUUAAGUAAUUUAUAAUUUCAAAUGAAUGCAAUUCUUAGAAAAUUAAAGAUACAUAAUCAAAAGUUAAUUUCUAACUAAUCUUAUAAUAUACGAUAAAUGAAAAAUGCUAUACCUUGGAUAUUGAUAAAUCAUUAUCGCUAAUAGUAAUAGGAGGUAUUAAUGGAUUAAUACUUAUACUUAAAUUUCAAUAGAACUAAUUGAAAGUACAAAAAUUAGUAAAAGCUCACAGAUUAGUAGCGUGCAUUGUGGUAAUAAAAAAUUCAAAUUAAUUCAUAUCAAGUGGGGAUUAAAUCAUUAAAAUCUGGUCUUUAUAAGGGAUUUAACUAAGGCUAUUAUAAUCAUUAUAUGGUCAUUCCAGACCUGUAAGAUGUUUGCUUAUAAGUCAUAAUGAAGAUCUAAUUGUAUCUGGUGGAAAUGAUUAAAAAAUUAAAUUUUGGAUUAGAAAUGCUAAUGCUUGCAAAUUUAAUUAAUAAUUGUUAGAACACUCUAAUUUCAUAUGUGGAAUAAGUUUAAAUGAAUUAUAAAAUUAAUUGAUUUCUACAGCUUGGGAAGAACCAAUAAUAAAAAUAAGUCAAUAAUAACCUUGUAAGACUUGGGUUGUUAUUUAAACAAUUGAAGUAAAUUUAUGGGGUUAAAGAAUAUGUUUUAUAAGUGAAUAGAUGUUUUCAUUUCAACCUUUCAAUGGUUAGACUAUGCACCUAUAUCAAUUUUAACCUAAGAAUAAUAUUUAUGCUCUUUCCAAAACAAUAGAUGUAAUAUAAAGUAAAGAAGGAUGUACAAACUUAUUUCCAAAAUAAUUUAUAAAAUAAUAAUCUAUAUUGAUAAAUAAGAAUGGAGAAUGUGUUAAUAUAAUUUUAAUAAAAAAUAAUGAUGAAUGCAUAAUUUAAUAAUAAAUCUAAUUUGGUCAUUAUUGUAUAAAUGGAAACAUAAGUCAUGAUGGGUAAUAUUUAAUAACAUGGGAUUUGUGUUCAAGUUAAAUUUAGAUUAGAUAAAAUCUAAAUAAUUGA